AUGGCUGAAGCUAUUGUCAGUUUUCUGGCAGAGGAAAUCUUGAAAAAAGUGGUUUCCAUUGCUGCUCAGGAUUUGGGUCUUGCUUUUAGAGGCUUCAAGAGGGAGCUUAAAAGGCUGGAGCGCACCUUCACCAUGAUUCAAACUGUGCUACGAGAUGCUGAUAGGCGUCUAGUAGAGGAAGAAGCCGUGAGGCUUUGGUUGAUAAAGCUCAAGGAUGUGGCUUAUGACACCGACGACAUGUUAGAUGAGCUUGCAUACGAAUCUCUCAAACGCGAAAUGGAAACCAGAAACAUUGCGAUGAACAAGGUAUGCGAAUUUCUUUCUGUCUCAAACCCAUUUGCAUUUCGUCUCAAGAUGGCUUAUAGAAUUCGAAAGAUAAACCAGACAUUAGACGAAAUUUCUAGGGACAAGGAAAGAUUCCAAUUUAUUGCUGGAGCCAUGGUUACAGCUCCUGAUUACAGAGAGGGCCGAGAGACCUCUUCGAUCAUCUAUGACUCAACAACAAUUGUUGGAAGGGAUGAUGAUAAAUCAAAGAUAGUCGAUUUGUUAAUUAGCUUAAACAAUCAAGAGAUUGUUUCAGUCAUUUCUAUAGUUGGAAUGGCAGGGCUAGGGAAGACCACACUUGCUAAAUUAGUCUACAAUGAUGAUCUGGUGAUGAUUAAUUUUGAUUUAAAAAUGUGGGUCUGUGUUUCUGAUGAUUUCAAUGUGAAAAGACUACACAGAGAAAUCAUAGAAUCAGCCACAGGAGCUAGGUGUGACAUAUUGAACCUGGACACCAUUGAAAGAGAACUCCAGGACAAACUCAGAGGCAAGAGAUUUCUACUGGUACUGGAUGACGUUUGGAAUGAAGAUGGUGAAAAAUGGGAGCAUUUGAAGAUGUCUUUAAGAAGCACUGCUGGUAGAGGUAGCAAAGUCCUUGUGACUACACGCAACAACAAUGUUGCAUCAAUCAUGGGUGCUCUCUGUGUGCAUAAUCUGGUAGGGUUAUCAGAUGAAGACUGUUGGUUCAUAUUCAAGCAAAGGGCAUUUGGGAAUGCAGGAGCAGUGGAGACUCCCACUUUGGUUUCCAUAGGAAGAGAGAUUGUGAAGAAGUGUAAGGGUGUUCCACUAGCAGUGAAAUCAAUGGGAGGCUUGAUGCAAUCUAUGAAGGAUGAAGAUGAGUGGGUGUCCAUUCAAAACAAUGAAAUUUGGGACCUACCUGAACACCAAAGUGGGAUUUUACCUGCAUUAAAGUUGAGUUAUGAUCAUUUGCCAUCACAUUUGAAGCAAUGUUUUGCGUAUUGUUCGAUAUUUCCCAAAGAUUGGAAAUUCGAGAAAGAGAUGUUAGUACAAAUGUGGAUAGCUGAAGGAUUCCUUCAACCAUCCAAAGGAAAGAAGCAAAUGGAAGAUAUCGCUAAUGAAUACUUUAAGCAUUUGUUCUCAAACUCCUUCUUUCAAGAUGAAGAAAAGAAUAGAUUUGAAGAUAUAAAAACAUGCAGGAUGCAUGAUCUUGUGCAUGACCUUGCACGAUUUGUUUCGGGGUUUGCAUGCUCAGUUAUGGAGCUUGGAAGGGUUGAAGACAUCUCCAGCAUUCGUCAUUUGUCAUUGGUUUCCGGCGAUCAUACAACAACAGUUCUGAGAACUUUGUUAAAGGCAAAGAGAUUGAGAACUCUUAUUUCACAAGGAACUCUACUUUCCACCAAAGUCUUUAACAGUAUGCUCUUAAAGUUUAAGUAUCUGCGUGUGCUUGAUUUAAGUGAAACAGGGAUUGAUGAGUUGCCAUCUUCAAUCAGCAAAAUGAAACACUUAAGGUACCUAGAUGUCUCCAGGAAUAACAUUGAAGCAUUGCCCGAAUCCAUGACUGGCCUCCACAAUUUGCAGACACUGAAAGUUGAAAUGUCUACAAAGCUUCCCAAAGAAACAAGAAAGUUGAUAAACUUGAGACAUCUUGUAAUUACAGCCUCUUUUCUUGUACUUACAAGAUGGGCUAGUGUCUCCAUGGAGAUGCCCAUUGGGAUAGGGAGAUUGAGUUGCCUUCAAACACUGUCUCAAUAUAUUGUGGGUAAGGAUAGUGGACGGGGUAUUGGAGAGUUGCAAAACCUACCCCUUAGAGGUGAAUUAAGUAUUUCUGGUUUGGAGAAUGUCAGAAAUGGAGAAGAUGCCAAGAUAGCAAAUUUGAAGGGAAAGCCAAAUCUUCACACACUAAAAUUGUGGUGGGGGUCUGAUCCAAUAAAUUACAGCGAUCAUGGCGAUGUCUUGGAAGGGUUGGAACCUCACCCAAAUUUGAAAUGCUUAGAGAUUUACUCUUUUAAUGGUUUGGAGUUCCCAAGAUGGAUGAUGAGUGGCUUGCUUCUCAAAAAUUUGGUGGAGAUUACCUUGUGGAGUUGCAAUAAAUGUGAAAAUGUCCCAACCCUUGGGCAGUUUCCUUCUCUUAAGAUACUUAGCUUGGUUAAUAUGGAGACUGUGAAGUAUAUUGGUAAUGAUUUCUAUGGCAAUGGCAGUGGAAUGGCAUUCCCUUCAUUGAAGAAGCUUUGCUUAUCUUGGAUGGAGAAUUUAGUAGAAUGGUCUGAAAUGGCGGUCUUCACUUCUUUCCCAUGCCUUGAAGAAUUGGCAGUUGAAGGCUGCAUUAAGUUGAGAACUAUGCCAAGUCGGUUUCCUUCUCUUAAGAAACUACACCUUAAAGGAACCACAAGUUUGAUGCUAAAGUCAGCAGCUAUGCACUUAGACUCUUUUCCUGCCUUAGAGGAGUUAAGAGUUGGUGAAUUUUCUGAUGAGCCAGAAUCAUUUCCAACAGAGUUUGGGGUGAUUGUUCAACAGCUCAUGUCCCUUCAGAGAUUAGAGAUUUUGGGUUGGGCUAACCUCAGGUCUCUUCCUCAGGAACUUCAACAGCUCAUCAGAUUGCAAGAGUUCAGAAUUUGCAACUGUAGCUUUGUUGCCUUGCCAGAGUGGGUAGGGAAUCUUGCUUCACUUCAAAGCUUAAGGGUUUACUGUUGCAAUAAUCUAAUGUAUCUACCGGAAGGGAUGCGACGUCUCACCAAUCUACAAAGGAUGUGGCUUGAAAAAUGUCCUGUCUUAACAGAAAGAUGUUCCAAGGAUACAGGUGAGGAGUGGGAAAAGGUAGCUCACAUCCCAAAGAUUUUACAUCUCAACUGA